UGUGCUCCGGCUGCGGCCGUGGCCCCCCUCGGCGCGGCUGUGCGCGCCGCGCGCCCCGCGAGCCCGUCGCCGCCCAGCCCAUGUACUGGAAGCAUGAGAACACCGCCCCGGCGCUGCCCGAGGGCUGCCGGCUGCCGGCGGAGGGCGGCCGUGCCGCCGACCAGGUGAUGGCCCAGCCUGGGUCCGGCUGCAAAGCGAACACCCGCUGCCUUGAGGGAACCGCACCACCCACCAUGGCUCAGUCAGACGCAGAGGCCCUGGCAGGCGCCCUGGACAAGGAUGAGGGUCGGACUUCUCCCUGCACGCCCAGCACACCGUCUAUCUGCUCGCCGCCCUCUGCGGCCUCCUCCGUGCCGUCCGCCGGCAAGAACAUCUGCUCCAGCUGCGGCCUCGAAAUCCUGGACCGAUAUCUGCUCAAGGUCAAUAACCUCAUCUGGCACGUGCGGUGCCUCGAGUGCUCCGUAUGUCGCACGUCACUGCGGCAGCAGAACAGCUGCUACAUCAAGAACAAGGAAAUCUUCUGCAAGAUGGACUACUUCAGCCGAUUUGGGACCAAGUGUGCGCGGUGUGGACGACAGAUUUACGCCAGUGACUGGGUGCGGAGGGCCCGCGGCAACGCCUAUCACCUAGCCUGCUUCGCCUGUUUCUCGUGCAAACGUCAGCUGUCCACUGGUGAGGAGUUCGGCUUGGUGGAGGAGAAGGUGCUGUGCCGCAUUCACUACGAUACCAUGAUCGAGAACCUCAAGAGGGCCGCUGAGAACGGGAAUGGCCUCACGCUGGAGGGGGCAGUGCCCUCGGAACAGGACAGUCAGCCCAAGCCAGCCAAGCGAGCGCGGACGUCCUUCACCGCUGAACAGUUACAGGUUAUGCAGGCGCAGUUCGCGCAGGACAACAACCCCGACGCGCAGACGCUCCAGAAGCUGGCGGACAUGACAGGCCUCAGCCGGAGGGUCAUCCAGGUGUGGUUUCAAAAUUGCCGGGCGCGCCAUAAAAAACACACGCCGCAGCACCCCGUGCCACCCUCGGGGGCGCCAUCCUCCCGCCUCCCCUCCGCCCUUUCAGACGACAUCCACUACUCCCCGUUCAGCAGCCCCGAGCGGGCGCGCAUGGUCACUCUGCACGGCUACAUUGAGAGUCAGGUACAAUGCGGGCAGGUACACUGUCGGCUGCCUUACACCGCGCCUCCCGUCCACCUCAAAGCCGAUAUGGACGGGCCACUCGCCAACAGGGGUGAGAAGGUCAUCCUUUUUCAGUACUAAUGCUGCCAGCACUUCCGCGUCUGUCCAUGGGCACCCCACAACUGCCCCAAAAUUGCUGAAAUCCAGAAUCUGCGCUGUCACCAGGGAUUCAUCUGCCCUCACAUCCACUUCUGUCCUCCAGCCUGCCAGCCACCAGUUCUGCCCCUGGGCCUGGCCUUUCUCUCUCCAGCUAAGAACCAGAACCCACCAGGAGCACCGCAGAGUCCUUUCCUCAGAAGGCAGAGCUCCCUGACAUUUGGAAUCAGGGUGAAAACAACAGCCUAUUUUUUUCCAUUUACACAGGAGUCAUCAUCGUCAGUCAGCUUAAGCUGAUUACAAUAGCGAAAGGCAGUAUUGAAUUGUGUGACGUCAACGGCCUUCUAAUUUACAGGU